AUGGAAUAUUCAUGUGUUCAAUUGACUGAUUUACCAGAUGAAAUUCUUAUAACUAUCUUUAAAAAAUUGGCUAAUAUAGAAGUACUUUAUUCUAUAGUAGGUGUCAAUAAACGGUUAAACAAAAUUGCAUAUGAUUUUGUUUUUACAAAUAACUUGGCUCUUCUGAUGUCGACAUCAGAUGGUUUUGUUUAUUCAUUACAUGAUCCAAUACUUGAUCGAUUUUGUUUACAUAUUUUACCUGAAAUUCAUCAAAAAAUCAAAUGGCUUGAGCUUGAAUCACAAUCAAUGGAACAUAUUCUUCUUGCUACAAAUUAUCCUAAUCUAUGUGGAAUCAGUUUAUAUAAUAUAGAACCAGAAAAAGCUAUAGAUCUAUUUACUGAAGUACUUGAUCUGUGCCUUAUUGUUGAAGGAAGAAAAAUAUUUGUUGAUGGUAAUGAUUUGAAGAUGAAUAUUAUUAAUCAUAUGCCACGAUUAAACAAAUUCAUAUUUAAUAUUCGUUCAUGGAAUUGUUUUUAUAAUGAAAUUAAUUUUCCAUCAAAUGAAAAUAUUCAAAAUACAUUCAAAGAUUUUAAAGAUAAACAAAUUAUCUGUUGUACUGAUUAUUUUCCAAAAGAAAAAAAAAGUCAAUGUCAUAUUUAUUCAUAUCCAUAUAAAGUAAAACAUUAUGAUAAUAUAACAAAUAAUUUUCCAGGUGGAACGUUCAAAUAUGUUCGUAAAGUAUCAUUAUUUGAUGAACAUCCUUUUGAACAUGAAUUUUUUCUUCAAAUUGCUCAAUCAUUUCCAUUGAUGAAAUACUUAAGUAUAACUAAUCAAAAACGACAAAUUAAUAAUCAAUUUAAAAAAUCAAUGAAUUUAUCAAUCAUUAAAUAUCCUCAUCUUAAAUAUCUUUGUCUUGUUGAUACUUGCAUAGAUUAUCAUGAACAAUUCUUACUCGAUAUCAAAACAUGUUUACCACUUGAUGUUAGUGCUCGUAUGGAUUAUAAAUUAGUGAAAAAAGUGACGCGGAAUUUUAGAAGAAAUACAACACGAAGUAAUUGUGCAAAACUGAAUUACGUAUAUUUACAUCGAAAAUUAGAACGUCCUGGACAUUCAGACAAUUUUUUUCCUAGAAGACCACAACUUCCUGAAUAUGUAAAAGACUACUUUCCUCAUGCGGAAAUAAACUGAUUAUUAGCAAUUUAUUAUUUAAAUGAAACAUGAAUAAAAGUAAAUUGAUUUAUAUAGAAUUAUAGUGUUGAAAUGGAAAGAUGGGAAGGACAGAGAAGAAUGGUAGUUGAAAACAGAUAUUGAAGGACAUAUUGUUACAAAUGAAAAUGUUCUAUCUGCUUGUGCUUCAUACACUUCAGAAAAAAAAACGUAUUAUAUUGAUUGUUAUUUGUUUUUUAAAAAAAAAAAUUCUUGCAAAAAUAAUGGUUAUGCUGUUAAUAUUAUAUUAAAGUCCUUUUAUAUUUAUGUUUCAUGUUUGAUCAAAUAAAUAAAGUAUAUAUAAUAAUAUCAAGAGAACAAUUAAAGUUG